AUGGCUGAAGGGGAGCUGUGCGGUGCCGCUGCCGCGGAGACGCCAGACGGCUUCGAGAUUAUUGACAAGAAAGAGAUUCCUCACGCAACCGAGCUGAAAAACGAGGAAAAAGAUAGACCCGAGGAAGCAAGGUGGUCUGCUCCCAUCUUGUCGCUAGCCAGGAAGGCCUCGGAAAACUUAGCGCUGAGCUAUGGCAACGCUCUGAAGUCGGCAUCUUUGGUAGGACUCAUACCCAAACCGGGCGGCAAUGGCAGCACCGCGAAAACAAGUUCGCGUUGCCACGCCAUGGAGGAGCGCGCCAACCUCAUGAACAUGAUGAAGCUCAGUAUCAAAACCCUGAUCCAGUCGGCCCUGAGCCUGGGCCGGACCCUGGACUCCGACUUCCCUCCCCUGCAGCAGUUCUUCGUGGUGCUGGAGCACUGCCUCAAGCACGGGCUGAAAGUGAAGAAGACUUUUAUUGGACAGAACAAAUCUUUUUUUGGUCCUUUGGAACUAGUGGAAAAACUUUGUCCUGAGGCAUCAGAUAUAGCAACUAGUGUUAAAAAUCUGCCAGAGUUGAAGACUGCUGUGGGAAGAGGAAGGGCUUGGCUUUAUCUGGCACUCAUGCAAAAGAAGCUGGCAGAUUAUCUCAAAGUACUGUUGGACCAUAAACAUCUGUUAAGUGAAUUUUAUGAACCUGAUGCUUUGAUGAUGGAGGAGGAAGGAGCAGUCAUUGUGGGUCUGCUAGUUGGACUGAACGUUAUUGAUGCAAACCUUUGCUUGAAAGGAGAAGACUUGGAUUCCCAGGUUGGAGUGAUUGAUUUUUCCUUGUACCUCAAGGAAACACAGGACAUUGAUGGCAAACAAGAUGGAGGAAUUACAGCUGUCCUUGACCAGAAGCAUUACGUGGAAGAACUUAACCGACAUCUAAGUUGCACAGUUGCAGAUCUUCAGAACAAAAUAGACUGUUUAGAAAAGACCAAUUCAAAACUACAGGAAGAGCUUGCAGCAGCAACCGACCGAAUUGGGUCACUUCAGGAAGAGCAGCAGCAGUUAAAACAACAAAAUGAAUUAAUUCGUGAACAGAGUGAAAAAAGUGUAGAGGUUACCAAAGAGGAUACAAAAGUAGAAUUGGAUACUUACAAGCAGUCACGCCAGGGUCUUGAUGAAAUGUACAGUGAUGUUUGGAAGCAGUUGAAAGAAGAGAAGAAGAUUAGGCUGGAACUAGAGAAAGAGUUGGAGCUACAGAUUGGAAUGAAAACAGAAAUGGAAAUUGCCAUGAAACUUCUGGAGAAAGAUACUCAUGAAAAACAAGACACUUUAGUUGCCCUUCGCCAGCAGUUAGAAGAAGUGAAGGCUAUUAACUUGCAGAUGUUUCACAAAUCUCAGAAUGCAGAGUGUUCAUUACAACAGAAAACAGAAGCAAUAUCCUCUUUUGAAGGAAAAACAAAUGAGAUGAUGUCCUCCAUGAAACAAAUGGAAGAGAGAUUGCAGCAUGCAGAAAAAGCAAGGCAAGCUGCUGAAGAAAGAUGCAACAAGAUGAAGCAAGAGCUUGCUGGCAGGCUGGACACUUGUCGGCAGCAGAUGUCCCAGAUGGAUAGCAAAUGCACAACUCUGGAAAAGGAGUUAAAAUCUGAAAAGGAGCAAAGACAAACUUUGCAAAGAGAACUACACCAAGAGAAGGAUGCUGCCACGCUGCUUAAAACAGAACUGCAACAAAUGGAAGGACUGAAAAAGGAGCUGAGAAAACUGCAAGAUGAGAAGCAGCAGUUAGAGAAGGUCUGUGAGGAACAGGAGCAAGCUCUUCAAGAAAUGGGACUUCAUCUCAGCCAGUCAAAGUUGAAGAUGGAAGAUAUAAAGGAAGUGAAUAAAGCACUAAAGGGUCAUACCUGGCUGAAGGAUGAUGAAGCAACACACUGCAAGCAAUGUGAGAAGGAAUUCUCUAUCUCAAGAAGGAAGCACCACUGCAGAAACUGCGGGGACAUCUUCUGCAACACUUGUUCCAGUAAUGAACUUGCACUGCCAUCGUACCCGAAACCUGUCCGUGUGUGCGACACUUGUCACACUUUGCUCCUCCAGCGGUGUUCAUCCAACUCCUCCUAAGCCUCCCCUGACCCGGGACCACGUUAACACAGGAACGUAGCCAUUAUUUUUUUAACCCUCCUGUGCAGCAGCCUCUCUGGGCUCAUUUUUCACUGUCAGAGCAGUGUAAAGUAACUUGUAGGGAUUAUGCAAGCUAAUGUUUCUCCAUCAGAAAUAAUUAAGAACAUUCUAUUAGCUGUAGUUUCCCUUAAAAGUUAUCUUUGAAACUUAACAAUGCAGACUCACUUUUCUGAUUUUUGUAGGCAUUUGUAUUAAUAUUUGUAUAUGGCAUUUCUACAUGAGUUUGGUCGCUGCCCCGUCACUGUCUCUGCACAUCAUCAGUUCCUCUGUCAUCACUGUGGGUGCUGCUGCUCCUCUCAACGGCUCCUGUACAGUUUUGUAUUAUACUCCAAGUGCAAAGAGAAGUGGAUUUAUGAAUUGUCUCUGAGCAGAGCUGGAUGCUGGGCAUCAAUGAAUGUGCCUUCUGUUCACUGCAGAGUCAAAUCCCACCCUGUACCUGUUCCCAGCGUUGCUAUGACUGCAGUACAGCAGUUACACAAUAAAGCCUUUUGCAAAAACUGAAA